AUGGUCCCGGAAAAAUAUAUCAAAUGGGAUAAAAUGAUCUAUUACGAAGCUAACAGCCAUGUUCAGACAGCAGCCGGUCGCUCAAAAGUGUUCCGCAUCAAAGUCGGAGUUCAUCAAGGUUCGGCGCUUUCUCUCUCUCUUGCUUUUCAUUACAAUGAUGGACGCAGUAACGGAGGGCUUCAAAAAGCACCGCCAUGGACUCCCCAUUAUGUGGAUGAUAAGCUUGAUGGCAGAGAGCAGGGAAGUACUUGA